AGAGGAAAGAGGAAAAGUGCAAAACCCUCUGAUAAUCCCUCCUCGCCUUUACCGCCCGCGCCGUCCCCAAUGGCGAUUCCGGAGGAGGUGCGCCGCUACUGGCUGCCGAUCCUCCUCGCCGCCGGCGGCUUCCUCUUCCAGCUCCUCGUCCUGCCCAAAUCAUUUCCGCCCUCCCACUACGACGCGCUCGGAAUCCAGAGGUUUGCGCCGGUCGAGAAGGUGGUCGAGGCAUACGAGCUGCUCUCCAGGGAGUGGGUUGCUGAAACGAAUGACCAGUCAACUGUUGAUAUUAUAAAGAUCCGUUAUGCGUAUGAGUUGUUGACAAAUCCAGUUUUGAAGCGGGACUAUGAUCUUUUUGGUCUGGAUCAUCAUACGGAUGUCCUCGAGAGUGUCAAAGAACAAUAUCAAAGGGAGCACUUUCUGAAAAUAGAUCUACCCAUUUUAAAAGAUUCUUUAAUUCAAUCGACUGAUGAUGCCUUCAAUGUACUCACAUAUGAGGCAUUGGUGUCUGCUAUUGGUGAAGAUUACCCGUUGCUCAUACUGGUUUAUUCAAAGGGGAGUCCUCGCUGCGCUCAAUUUUUUGAGUAUUGGAAGCAAAUUGACACUCGACUGGAUGGCGUGGCCAACACUGCUACGGUAGAACUUGGUGAUACACGACUGGCAGGGUAUUUUGCAGAAAAAAGGUUCUCUCAGCAGCCAUUUUUCCGCAACGGUAUACCAGCUCUUGUUGCAUAUCCUGCUAACUGCAGAAGUCCAUCCUGUUAUAUGAGGUACCCAGGUGAGCUAACUGUGGAUUCUGUUGUCAACUGGGUUGCAUCAUCAAUUGUUGGUUUACCUCGGAUCUUGUACUAUUCAAAGGAGACACUGGGACCCCAGUUCAUUGGGAAGAAUAGCCAUCAUAAGGUGAAGGCUAUCUUUUUCUCAAGCACCGGGGAGCGUGCGGCUCCAUUUCUUCGCCAAGCUGCCCAAGAGUAUUCGAGCUAUGCAUCGUUUGCAUUUGUCCUAUGGAAAGAAGAGGAAUCCCAGAUCUGGUGGAAUUCAUUAGGAGUGGAAUCGGCUCCUGCACUUGUUUUCUUGAAGGGACCAGGUGCCAAGCCUGUUGUAUACCAUGGAACUUUUAGCAAGUCAGAGUUCACAGAGAUAAUGGAGGAGCAUAAGCACCAAGAACUUCAGCAGCUAAGAAGCGACACAUCUUUGGAUCUUGGUUGUGAUGCUAGAGGUCAUUCACGCGCUGGAAAAGAAAUGAUGAUAUGGUACUGUGUAAUAGCUGCAGGCCGCCCUGGUGUAGAAUUAAGUAAAAAGAGACAAAUUUUGAGGAAGGCCCAGGACCAACUACGCAGUGCUGCUGAUGAAAGUACUGGCAAUUUGGAAAUUUUAGUACAGGUAGCAAGUGCUGCAACUGCCUUAAAAGAUGACAGGCUUACCUUUGUUUGGUUGGAUGGAGAAUUACAGAAGAAACUUUGUGCCUUCUACCUUGCCACUGAUUACCAUGGAGCCUGUGGUCCUAGAGGCUUUGAAGAUGACAAUGAUAAGCCUGAAGUAUUCAUUGUCCGUUUCCAAAGAAAUGCAACAUAUGAGGCGUUGAAAGCUGACAAAAAGAAUAAUCUUAUAGAGACUCUCCAGGGACAGGAUAUUCCUGAUGCCUCCCAGCUAGUGGCUAGGUAUAAUGGCCCGGAUGAAAUUCUGGAGAUAAACAAGUGGGUCUCUCAGAUUAUCAAAGAUGGAGAUACUAGAGAAAUCCCUUAUUUUACUUCAAAGGUACCGGAUCUUUUACCCGAGGAAACAAGUAAAGAAUGGUUAAGUGGUACCAAAAGCAUCCGCUCGGCCGGGAAAAGUUUAAAAGAGAGGGUUCAGAACAGUGGCUUCAGUUUCAGUGAUUACUUAACAGACCCAAGGGUUGGUCCAGCUUUGCUGAUGCUUGCAUGCAUUUCAUGGGGAACAAUAUGGUUCAAGAAUAUCCAAUCAGCUCAGAAGACUCCAACGGAUGAAGCCCCUAAAGACAGGACUAACAAACGGCGACGUCCGAAGCUUAGCCCGACACUCUUUGGCCAACCCACUGAAACCGGCACUGAUCCUGAGCCCAAAGAUGCUCGUGAGUGGGAGAUAGAGGACUCGGAUUCGGACUGAUGAAUCGUACUCCAACAUCGAGACUAAAGUCUGCUAAAUAUCUUUAGUUGAGCUACGCGGCUAAAUUAGCUAGUGCCUGACAACGCAUAACCGGUCUUAAAAAUGCUGGAUCACAUCUCUGAUCUUUAUUGCUGUAUAUUUUUGGCCUGGUUUCAUCCAUCUGCUUGGAAGCUGGUAUAGUCCUCUCAGAUUCUCAGGGAAUGUAUCGUUAGAGUUGUUCUUGAAUUUAUGUUUGGAUGUUGUGAAGUUGGGGGUGAAAGAGGUGAAUGGACAACAAACACCAAACUACCCCCACAAACUCCAUACACAUUUAUAGUAAAGAUGAGUUACAUCA